CAGAGCCCAGCCCCGCGCUCACCUGGCCCGCCGGAGGCCCAGCUGCGGGAGCCCGACGUCGGCGGGGAGCAGGACACCUGACCUCUGCCGUGGGACAGUCUGAUGCUAUGGCAGACCCUCCUGCCUGCUGUGCUGCCUGUGCCUCCUGCCUGCUCUGCCCCUACAGCUGCCAGUGCAUCACUGCCAAGAAGGAGAAGAGGAAGGGCCUGAGAACCACCAAGUGCGACUGCAGCUGGUUCCUUUUCCUCUUCUGCGUCUUCCUCUUCACACUGGUGUGGCUCUACUUCGCUAUCAUCAUCCUCAAUGAUUUCCACAACUUCAACGAGUUCAUCUUCAAGCAGAGAAAGUUAUGGCUCGACUGGUCCCUGGUCCUGCUCAUAGCUACGGCUGUGCUGAUCACCUACUCGUCUGUGCUGCUGGUCCUUGCUUUGUGCUUGCAGCUCUGCGGCCAGCCCUUGAAGCUACACUGGCUGCACAAGAUCCUGCUGAUCCUCACUGCCCUGGUGGUGGCUGCAGCCUUCACAGGGCUGGGAAUAAAGUGGGCGGAGGAGUGGAGAAGUGCACGAAUCUCCCUGCAGGCAACGGGUCCCUUCCUGCACAUCGGAGUCGUGGGGGGAAUGACGCUCCUUGCCUGGCCCCUGGCCAGCUUUGUGUACCGCACCCGCAACACAGGUCUCAAGGUGUUUCUACUGCUUGUGUACUGCAUAGUGAUGAUUGCACUGUAUCUGGCUCCUCUGGGAAUCACCUCCCCUUGUCUCAUGGAGGAGAACCAGCUGCCCCCCAAGCCAGCCCUGGUUGGCCAUCGAGGAGCACCCAUGCUGGCCCCUGAGAACACCCUCAUGUCACUGCACAAGGCAGUGGACUGUGAUGUGCAAGUCUUUGAGACAGACGUCAUGGUGAGUGCUGAUGGGGUCCCAUUCCUCAUGCAUGACGAGGAACUCUCCAGGACCACCAAUGUGCAGGCUGUGUUCCCUGAGAGGGCUGCCCUGAAUAGCACUGCCUUCAACUGGACGGACCUCCAGCAGUUGGAUGCUGGCAGCUGGUUUCUGGAGCGGAGGCCGUUUCCCACCGUGCAGAGUCUUUCUGCUGGUGAUCGCCACCAGGCAACUCAACAGAGGAUCCCCUCCCUGGGACAGGCCCUCGAGGCAGCCAAGCAGAGCAAUAUCUCCAUCAUGUUCGACCUCCGGCCUGAGAACCACAGUGACUACCAGAGCUUUGUCAAUGCCACCCUGGCAGUGAUCUUACAGUCCGGCAUCCCGCUACAGCAGGUCCUCUGGCUUCCAGACGGGUUCAGGGAACAGGUCAAACAGCAAGCCCCAGGUGUUCAGCAAGUCUAUGGCCGGAAGAGACUCCAGAAUGAGAAGGAGCCACUACUGCAUGUCAACCUGCCCUACCAGGACAUGAGCUCUGAGGAGAUCAGGCAGUACCGCCGGGACAACAUCUCUGUCAACUUGUAUGUGGUGAACCAGCCCUGGCUCUUCUCGGUGCUCUGGUGCUCUGGGGUGAGCUCUGUCACCACCAAUGCCUGCCAGGUGCUGAAGGAAAUGAAACACCCCAUCUGGCUGCUUCCCAGCAGCACGUAUCUCAUGAUCUGGAUCGUUGUAGACUGCGUUUCCUUCCUUACCAUCCUCUGGGCCUUCCUCUUGCUGAAGAAAUGCUCCCACAGAAGGCGGCCAGCGGGUGAGUGUGCACGGGAUGAGAGCUCCCCUCCCUCGGAGCCAGGCUGCUUUCUCCAGCCAAACGUGACAGAGUGGUUUGGGAUGGCUGGGGGAGGGAAGGGAAUCCCAGCCCAGGGAGUUCCUGCCUUGCCCUUAACAAACAGCCACUCUGCCUGUUGCUAG